AUGGCAGAAGAGGCUCAAGUGCAAGAGUUCAAGCUCGGCGAGGACAGCGAAUUGCGAUUUGUUGUUGGAGAUGAAGAUGUGAUUCUGGAGCUCGUCAGCGGAUACGCAGAAAUUUUUGGAACCGAUUUAUUAGAAAACAAGAAGUACACAUUUCCACCGAAAUCGCGAGUGGCGGUUUUCACGUGGAAAAGUGCUGUUAUCGAGCUGGUUGGUCCCACAGCGAACGCCUAUGUUGCACAACAUACACCAAUGGUAAUUUACCUCAACACGCAUGCUGCAAUGGAGCAGGUUCGACAACAUCGCGAAGAAGAAGCCAAUCAAAUUUCGGACAGUAAACCGAAAGGCCCGCGGCUUUUAUUAGUUGGUCCAACUGAUGUUGGAAAGAGCACCGUGUCUCGAAUUCUUUGCAAUUAUGCGGUUAGACAGGGUCGAACGCCAAUAUUUGUCGAUAUUGACGUCGGACAGACAAGCGUUGGGCCACCGGGAACAAUUGGAGCGUUGCAUAUUCAGAAGACUGCGGAUGUUGUCGACGGAUUUGAGAAAUCGUCGCCGCUUGUAUAUAAUUUUGGCCAUCUUGCACCUAAUGCUAAUUUGUCGCUUUAUGAAACACUUGUUAAGGAAAUGGCAACUGCAAUUAAUAAUCAGAUUGAUGAAAACGACGAAGCUCGAAUUGGUGGAAUAAUUAUCAAUUCUUGCGGAUGGGUCAACAAUGAGGGUUAUCAAUGUUUAAUAACCGCUGCUUCUGCAUUUGAGGUCGAUGUCGUCGUCGUUCUCGAUCAUGAGCGGCUCUACAGUGAUUUGAGCAAAGAUUUGCCGGAGUUCGUCAAGCUUCUCCAUCAGCCGAAAUCGGGAGGUGUCGAGCCGAGAUCGAAAGAAGUUCGAGCGAAAUCGCGAGCAGCCGCAAUUCAUCGGUAUUUUUACGGAACACGCUCGUGCAAUCUCUACCCGUUCACAUUUGAAGUCUCAUUCGAUGACGUCAAAUUGUGCAAAAUUGGAGCGGAAAAGCUUCCAGAUUCAUGCCUUCCAUUUGGAAUGGAGAUUGAGAAUCAUGAGACGCAGGUUGUUGAGCUCGAGCCAAGUGCGGAAAUCAAUCAUCAUCUCUUCUCGAUUUCGCCAUGCACGAAUAUUGGCAACGAAGUGAUCACGACGGCGUCGAUGGGAUUCGUGCUCGUCAACGGGGUCGACGUGGAGAAAAGGACACUGUCGGUGUUGUGUCCGCAAAAUUCUCUGCCGUCAAAGGUUCUCGUUUACAUGGAAGUGACGCACGUCGAUGAUGAUCAGAUAUCACGUUAA